GGGGCGGGCGGAGCGGGGCGCGGUGCCCGGUGUGCCGGGAGUGCCGGGGUGUCCCUCCCCUCUGGGGUGUCACUCUCCAUUGGGGGUGUGCCCGCUCCCCGCUGUUACCGGAGGGGCUGUGCCCCUUUCCCCCCCGCCGCUCGGGCUCGGCGCUCCGCGCUCCGCCGCGGGCUCUCCUCGUCUCCCCGCCGGGCUCGGUGGGAGCAGCCGCCUGUAGCACCUACGUUUCCAGCUCAAGGUGCGUGCAUGUGUGCUGAUUUUCCAAUGAAGUACAUCCUGGUAACUGGUGGUGUCAUCUCGGGCAUUGGCAAAGGGAUCAUUGCAAGCAGCAUUGGCACCAUUCUAAAAUCAUGUGGUCUACGUGUCACUGCAAUCAAAAUUGAUCCUUACAUAAACAUAGAUGCUGGAACCUUUUCACCAUAUGAACAUGGUGAAGUUUUUGUAUUGAACGAUGGUGGAGAAGUUGACUUAGAUUUGGGAAAUUAUGAGAGAUUUUUGGACAUCAAUCUCUAUAAGGACAACAAUAUUACCACUGGAAAGAUAUAUCAGCAUGUCAUUAAUAAAGAAAGACAUGGUGAUUAUCUGGGAAAAACGGUUCAAGUUGUUCCACACAUUACUGAUGCAGUUCAGGAAUGGGUAAUGAAUCAGGCAAAAGUUCCAGUGGAUGAUGACAAAAAAGAGCCACAAAUCUGUGUAAUUGAGCUGGGUGGAACCAUUGGAGAUAUUGAAGGAAUGCCAUUUGUUGAAGCAUUUAGACAGUUUCAGUUCAAAGCAAAAAGAGAGAACUUCUGUAAUAUCCAUGUUAGCCUAGUGCCACAACCUAAUGCUACUGGUGAACAGAAGACAAAACCAACACAGAACAGUGUUCGGGCACUGAGGGGUCUAGGCUUGUCUCCAGAUUUGAUAGUCUGCAGAAGUGCAAAACCUAUAGAGAUGGCUGUGAAGGAGAAGAUUUCCAUGUUUUGUCAUGUGGAGCCUGAGCAGGUGAUAUUUAUUCAUGAUGUUUCUUCUACUUAUCGAGUACCAAUCUUAUUGGAGGAGCAAGGCAUCAUUAAGUAUUUUAAACAGAGGCUAAAUUUACCUAUUGAUGACCAGCCAAGUGAUCUUCUAAUGAAGUGGAAGAAAAUGGCUUGCAGAUAUGAAAGAUUGCUGAAGGUGUGUUCCAUAGCUCUCGUUGGCAAGUACACAAAACUGAGUGACUGCUAUGCAUCUGUUUUCAAAGCUCUGGAACACUCUGCGCUGGCAAUUAAUUACAAACUGGAUUUAAUGUACAUAGAUUCAACAGAACUUGAACGUUCUAUGGAAGCAGAGAACUCAGUGAAAUAUCACCAGGCAUGGCACAAACUGUGCAAAGCAGAUGGCAUUCUGGUCCCAGGAGGUUUUGGAAUUAGGGGAACAGAAGGCAAACUCCAAGCUAUCUCCUGGGCAAGAACAAAGAAAAAACCUUUUCUUGGAGUUUGCCUGGGAAUGCAGUUAGCAGUUGUGGAAUUCGCAAGAAACUGUUUGAAUUGGGAAGAUGCAAAUUCUACAGAAUUUGACCCAGACACUAAAAACCCAGUUGUUAUUGACAUGCCAGAACACAAUCCUGGAGAUAUGGGAGGAACAAUGAGACUGGGGAAGAGGAGGACUGUUUUCAAAACGGAAAAUUCUGUUUUAAGGAAGCUUUAUGGUGAUGAAAUGUUUGUAGAGGAGCGACACAGGCAUCGAUAUGAGGUGAACCCGGAAUUGACUCACUGCUUUGAAGAGAAAGGUUUGAAAUUUGUUGGCCAUGAUACAGAAGGGAACAGGAUGGAAAUUAUUGAACUGGAGAAUCACCCAUAUUUUGUGGGAGUUCAGUUUCACCCAGAAUUUUCCUCAAGACCUAUGAAACCUUCACCUCCAUACCUUGGACUGUUGCUAGCAGCAACUGGGACACUGAAUGCAUACCUGCAGCGUGGAUGUAAAUUGUCUCCAAGUGACAGCUACAGUGACCUAAGUGAUGACAGCUCUCCAGAAAAAGAGUUUCCUUAUUCUGAUACAAGCUGAAAUGAUUGUAUGAGAGCACAGAAAUGGAUGCUAUUGAGAAACUUGGGAACAGGACAAUAUUGAAUAGAAGAAGUAGAAGAGUAAACUGCUUGCAGUUCUCAUACUGUUUCUUCCUCAACUAUGUUCAGUAAUUCUCUUUACAGAUGGCAGUUUUACUAUUCUGUAGCAAAAACUGUUCUGUGUAAAUGCUCUUUCUCCUUAAAAGUUACCAAACGGUUGUGCACCUUAGCUGUUAAUCACUAUUGUCUUGUCCUAUAUAUCAGAGUGAUUUCAGGUGAAUAUGUAUCAAUUCACUAGUUCACAGCUUUCUUGAUUUGAAGGAAGAUUUGACUGGUUUCAGUUUGCCUUAGAACAGGAAGAAAAAGAUGCAUUAGUUCUUGGGAAUGAGGUGGGGAAUGCACUAAAAUACUCAAGGGAAAGUUGUCUUACUCUUGAGCAGCAGAAAACCGUUUCAGGUUUUUUUCUUUAUUAAGUUUGUAUAUAUAUUUUUUUAUAUUUUUGCUGCCCAGUAUGUACAAAUGAAAAAUGGUUGCUGUAUCUCAGGUGAAUGUGAUUAUAGUAAUUAAAGUUGGAUACAAGUUUUUUCACUUUGCUUUUACAAGAGAUUUGAUUUCACAUAAAUUCAUUUGCUCUGUUUCUCCUGGAAGUUUGAUAAAACUGAACAUAAUUCUGACCUACAAAAUUACAGAAGUGAUAUUAGAAGGUGGUUUCAUAUUUGUGUUUUGUAAGAGAGAAAGUAAAUACAUUCAUAUGUUAAACUCCAAUUUUAGCACUUGUGUGAAAGUUGUAGAAAAGCCACUCAUGAACCUGGGGUGUUAUCUGGCCUCCAGCUGUGCCACACUCACUUGACUGCAGUAAAUAAGUAUGAAGCAAAUUAAGGUUCUCCCUUCUUUUCCUGCAUUCUGUGACCACUCCAUCAUUGUGGCACUUACUCCUGAGAAGAAUGGAAAGAUAUGUUUUGAUUUAGAAAUGACAAGUUGUUCCAUUGCAUCACAACUGCAGGCAGCCCUGCAAAGCCAGGGCUGGAGCCUGAACCACUGGGGCAGAAGAGGAUAGUGAGAGGUGCUGUUCUGGGUGUAAGGCAGAUUUAGGGUGUAAUAAAGGUGCAAGGAUUCCAUUUCAGUGGGGCAUCAUCAAACCUGUCACAAAAGCUGAACCUGAGCUAUGUAACUGAUGGGCUCCAGAUGCUUGGAACACACUUAACUAUAAAGAAAAAUUCUGAAUUUUGAGAGUUGUGUUUCAUUUUGCUUUUGGGUAAAGUAUCUUCUUCAAUUCAUCAAAAGUCAAUAUCUGCACAAAGAUAAGAAGCACCAUGUUCCUUAUUACAGCUUUAAAACAGCAAGUUUGAGAGCUAUGUGUUGCUCUAGAAAAUCUCAGGUUACACAGCAAAUUUAUCUCUUCACUAAAAGAAGCUUUAAUGGUGAUGAAAGAUAAAAUGUAUUUUUAUGGCCUCAGUUUCCUAAAGUAGUUUGUGAAUAUGUGCCUUAGAAAUGCUGACAGCAGAAUUGGUGUCACUGUGUGUCUUCCCCAAUGAGAGACACUGGCCACUGCUUUGUGAAAAGUGAAGAAUUUCCUAAGAUUGUCUGUAAUGUGCAAAUGUAUUUUCAAAACAUUUUCAAUAAAUGGUAUUAUUUGGAAGUGUUUGGGUUCCUGCUAAAGAAUGAUGGUGCCAAUUGUGAACUGUGUUGUUAAGAAAAGAAUUCAUCAUUUAAUCAUG